GAACCCCUUGUCUGAACGAUUGUCAUGCUAUGAUUUCAGGGUCUGAGCACCUCUGGAAGUGAGGUUAACAAGGUACACUCCAAGACCUUUUGUGGCAACAGCAGAGAGGAGGAAACCAACACUCCGUGAACAUGAGCCUCAAAUCCCCAAUGUCUGCUCCUCAGAUUGAGAGCAAAGGCAGCCAUAUUUCAGCUAGAAAUGGAAGCUGUUUUCUAGCCAGGCACACUCCUCAUCCCAGAAGGGUCUGCCACAUCAAAGGUUUGAAUAACAUUCCAAUCUGUAAUGUGAAUGAUGAUGAGAACUCAUUCAGAACAUUGUGGUGUGUUGGCCAGUCCCACCACUCACAGAAAGAUGAGAUAUCAUAUGCCAGAUGCAGCUACCCACCCAGUGCUGUGGCCACGGAGAGCCCCGUCAGAGGAGUCUCGCCAGCCCUUAACGGGGUCAAAGUGCCCCCACGGCCUCAUUCUGAGCCCUGUCGAAAAGUCAAGGAGUGCUUCAAAACUUCCAGUGAUAAUCCCUUAGUAAUUAAAAAGGAUGAAACAAAGGUAAAAAAUCCACCAUCGACUCCAAAGGCAUGCUCUACUGCUAGUUCUUCUUCUUCAGAGGUGACGAGUACUAAGACUGCCAUCAAAGAGAACACCAUCUGCAUACCAAACUAUCUGGAUCAGGAAAUCAAAAUUCUGGAAAAGCUCUGUAACAUUUUACGCACUGAUUCUCUGGCAGAAGUUCUACAGUGGCUGCUUCAUGCAAAUUCAAAAGAAAAGGAGUGGGUCUCAGCUUUGAUUCAUGCUGAACUGGCUGAGAUAAACUUGUUAACUCGCCUCAGAAGAAACACCUCAGCUGAACCAGCAGCAGAGACUGGGAAGCCACCCAAAGUUAAGUCACCCUCAAAUUCAUCAGCAAAAUCAAAGGUGCCAACAAGUUCUAGGGAAGAACAUCAACAGAGGAGAGUGUCAAGUCAAGGAUCUGAAGAAAAUAAGGAAGUACUGAAAGAGGGCAAGCCUCCAUUGUUUAUAAGAAGAAAUCAGAUGAAAAUACCUGUUGCAGAAUAUUUCAGCAAGCCAAAAUCUCUUCCAAGGCCUAAAACUCAGGAGAGUACAUCAACAAAGCCAGUGUCAGCAAGGAGUACACAACAAGGAUAUAAUCUCUCUGCCCAAAGAGCAUUUUAUCCUGUAACAUACCAAAGGUAGAAAUGGUAUGCUGGGCCAAACCUUUCAGAAACACAAGUUUCACUUUGUUAGGACAUCAAUUAUGAAAAACACAUUUUUGGUAUGGAGGAAUCAACAGCUCCUCUAUAUGGUGGUACAUGUAAAUCUCAAAGCAACUGUAUAUAAAGCUACUAAAUAAAUAUUAAUGGAAAUAUUUCUAUUUGUAGUUAAUUAGUACCUUGUAUAAAAGAAAUGUUUGUUUAUAUACUACAUUUCUAGUCUGGGGCUACUAUUAAUAUUAGUACGUAAGCAUUAGACUCUGAUACUAGAAAAUUCAUCCAUAAUCAGAAUUUAGGCAAUUUCAAUUCAACACUACUCCAAGCUCUGAUAGAAAAUCAACAAUAAUAAACAAAUUUUAACAUCUGAGCUACUUCUCACAAUGUAUUGUGUUCAAUAAUGUAGGACUAUUGAAAAAACCAUUUGUUAAACAGUUGUAACAAGUGUCAUAAGUUAGGAACAAUUUUUCUUUUUGUGAGGAGGUGAGCAUUCUUCUAAUAGUCCAACUUAUGAGUCAGAAAGGAACUACUGCUGCUAGUUCCUUUCUAUUCACUGCUAAUUGUGAAUGAUAUUAACAUAUUUCCUAAUAUUGAACUUUUGGUAUUUUUAAAAUAAACCACUUUAGGGCCAUGCUGACCUGCCUCUUGAGAAAUCUAUAUGCAGGUCAGGAAGCAACAGUUAGAACUGGACAUGGAACAACAGACUGGUUCCAAACAGGAAAAGGAGUACGUCAAGGCUGUAUAUUGUCACCCUGCUUGUAUAUGCAUGAGUACAUAUAUAUGCAGAGUACAUCAUGAGAAAUGCUGGGCUGGAGGAAGCACAAAACGGAAUCAAGAUC